GAGCGGAGCGCCGCCGGCCUGGGCGCGCAGUCCCGGGACGCGGGAUGCUCGGCUCGCUGCCUCGCGGCCCCUGAGUUCUCCCAUCCGCCCGCUGCCUGCCUCGUCGCCUCACUAUCUCGCUCGCCCCGGCUCCAGCCCCUGCGUCCGCCAGUCCCGAGAGGUGUUUUUGAAAAAAAAAAAUCACAGUUUGGAUGUGAGAAAGGACAUGAGGAGACCAAAGACCUGGGAUUUUGCUGAUCAGAAUGAAACGAAUGUUGAAAGACUUUUCAAAUCUAUUGUUGGUGGUACUCUGUGACUAUGUUCUUGGAGAAGCCGAGCAUCUCCUCUUGGGAAAGCCAGGCCAUGUAGCGCUAAGCAACAGCACGGUGUCUGUGGAUUUCCGGCAUUUCGGUGGUGCCAAUGGGGCGCUGAGGAACGUGUCUAUCCUGUUGUUGGAGGCCAACACCAAUCGGACUGUGACCACCAAAUACCUCCUGACCAACCAGUCCCGGGGCACACUCGAGUUUGAAUGCUUCUAUUUCAGGGAGGCUGGCGACUACUGGUUCACGAUGUUUCUGGAAGCGGCAGACAACAGCACUCCAGUCCGCCGGGGGGAGCAAAGUGCCUUUCUCAAGGUGGACUGGCCCGUCUUUCACAUUGACUUGAACAGGACAUCCCAGGCGGCGGAAGGCACUUUCCAGGUGGGCCUUUUUACCAACCAGCCACUGUGCUCCUUCCCUGCAGACCAGCCUGACAUCUUGGUGGACGUGGCCUUUACCAACAGUCUGCCCGAGGCGAGAACAAGUCCAGGUCCUCCGCUGGAGAUAAGAACCAGCAAGAGGACAGAACUCUCUCAAGGUCAGUGGGUUGAGUUCGGCUGUGCGCCUGUGGGGCCGGAAGCCUACGUCACGGUGGUGCUGAAGCUGCUUGGCCGAGACUCGGUCAUUACCUCCACGGGUCCCAUCAACCUGGCCCAGAAAUUCGGAUACAAACUCGUGCUGGCGCCGGAACUCACGUGUGAGUCCGGGGUGGAGGUCUUGGUGCGGCCUCCACCAUGCAUCUUCGUCCAAGGCCUGAUAACGGUGUUCAAGGAGGCCCCCAGACGCCCUGGGGAAAGGACCAUUCAGCUGGCUGAAAACAGCCUGACCUUGGGAGAGAGGAGAACGGUAUUCAACUGCACUUUGUUUGACAUGGGGAGGAAUAAAUACUGCUUCGACUUUGGCGUUUCAAGCAGAAGCCAUUUUUCCGCAAAGGAGAGGGAGUGCAUGCUAAUUCAGAGAAACAUAGAAACUUGGGGACUGUGGCAGCCGUGGAGCCAAUGUAGUACCACGUGUGGGGAUGGUGUCAGAGAGCGACGCCGCGUGUGCCUGACUUCCUUCCCCUCCAGACCUGGCUGCCCUGGAAUGUCCUCGGAGACCUCCCUGUGUUCCCUGGAGGAGUGUGCUGCUUUCCAGCCAUCCAGCGCGUCCCCUCUUCAGCCCCAGGGUCCAGUGAAGUCCAACAACAUCGUGACCGUCACGGGGAUUUCCCUGUGCUUGUUCAUCAUCGUGGCCACGAUCCUCAUCACGCUGUGGAGGAAGUUCGGCCGCGCCCCCAAAUGCAGCACGCCUGCGCGGCACAACUCCAUCCACUCCCCCAGCUUCCGGAAGAACUCGGACGAGGAGAACAUCUGCGAGCUGAGCGAGCCGCGCGGCAGCUUCUCGGACGGGGGUGAUGGGCCCGCGGGGGGCCCCGGGGACGCGGGCAUCCCCCUGACCUACAGGCGCAGCGUGCCGCUGUCGCCCGAGGACGACGCCUCGGGCAGUGAGAGCGUGCAGUCCACCGCGCAGAAGAUCAUCCCGCCGCUGUUCAGCUACCGCCUCGCGCAGCAGCAGCUGAAGGAGAUGAAGAAGAAGGGCCUGACGGAAACCACCAAGGUGUACCACGUGUCUCAGAGUCCCCUGACAGACACGGCCAUCGACGCGGCCGCCGUCCCCGCCUUAGACUUGGAGGGCCCGGAGGAGGCUGCAGCCGGCAAGUUCCGGAUCAAAGCCCCAUUUCUGGAGCAGCCUGCGGGGGGCGCCGCGCCCAGGCCCCCCUCCAGGCUGGACCUCCCCGCCUGUCCUGCCAGCUGCGCCGUCAGCCCCAGCCAGACGGUGAUCCGCAAGUCGGCGCUGAGGCACGUGGGCGGCAGAGGCGCGCUGCCGGAGAGGAGCCACCCCCGGGGCUCCCACUUCAGGAGGACAGCGAGCUUUCACGAAGCCAAGCAGGCGCGGCCGUUCCGAGAGAGGAGUAUGUCCACCCUGACUCCUCGGCAGGCCCCCGCCUACGGCUCUAGGACGCGGACCUGGGACCAGGCGGAAGACCGAUUCCGGCCUCAGAGUCGAGGCGCUGCCCCGUUUCCUGAGAAACCAGACCCUUUCCAAGGGGCAGGGGCGACCAGAGGUCCAUUGAGCCCUCCCCCUAAAUCCUACACCCUGGGGCAGCCCGUGAGGAAACCAGACCUGGGGGACUGCCAGGCAGGAUCCACGGCGGGAGUGGAGAGAACGGAGCCUCACAGAGCUCGGAGGGGCCCGUCCCCCAGUCACAGGAGUGUCUCACGGAAGCAGCCUUCCCCCACUGUCCCCAAAGAUGGCUACCAGAGGGUCAGCCCUCUGAGCCCUUCUCAGUGUAGAAAAGACAAGUGUCAGAGCUUCCCGGCCCACCCUGAGUUCGCCUUCUAUGACAAUACGUCGUUCGGCCUCACUGAGGCAGAGCAGAGGAUGCUGGACCUCCCGGGCUAUUUUGGGUCAAAUGAAGAGGAUGAAACCACAAGUACACUCAGUGUAGAGAAGCUGGUCAUCUAGACCCAGAUCAGCGUGAGACUUCACACAACUGGGGUCCUUUGCCCAGCUCCUGGUAUCAGCUGCUCAGAAUGUUCUACGGACUGUAUUAGGUAGCUAUUUGUACAUUAGGACUGGGUGGGGAGGAGGUAACUCCAGUGUGUGUAUGUUUUAAUUCCUAAGGAAGAAGUCACUUAUCCUGAACUUUUCCCUUUGUUAUCCUAGUGCUCUUGGUUUAUUACUAAUAAGUACAAUAAUAAAAUUUAAACAAGAGUGAAA